AUGUGUCUGCAGUUCAUCUGCCUGGCUAUCCUCUAUGGCCUCAAGGAGAUCAAGGACCCAUGCGACGCGAGGGUUCCUGGUGACGUUUUCGCAGGACUGCUGCAGCCGCUGCGCCUUCGAUGCCAGGAGACUGCCGUGGUCUUCCCCUUCUUCAUGGCAUCCCUGGCCAUCAUCCGCAAGGCCAUGUGCUGGAUGUUCACUGAGGAGGAGCUGAAGCAGCUGGACGGCCACCCCGCCGAGGACCCCGAUGAGGCAAGGUGUCGAGAAUGCGAAAUUCCCCCAAUUUGGAACAGCUUUGGAGCUCCGGACCCUCCGGGCCCUCCGGGCCCUGCGGCAGGCGGAGGAGCCGGAGCCGGCGAAGCCCGACCUCUUGAACCUGGAGCCAACGAAGGCGCCUCCCGAGCACGACACUGCACUUCUUUGCUGCUUCUUAGACUACAUCUGCUGGCAGCAUCAUGA